AUGGAAUCUGUCAUGGGAGUCACUAUUGUUCUUGAUUACUUCUAUGAAAUUUCUGGUCUCAAACUUAAUAUUUCUAAAUGUGAGAUCUUUACUGUCGGUAUUUCUGUUCAAUCCCUUAAUAAUAUUAUUAAUUCUUCUAGUUUUAAGCAUGGAACAUUACCUGUUAGAUACUUGGGGAUACCUCUGGUCAUAAGGAAACUUACUGUUAAAGACUGUCAGCCUCUCAUUGACAAGGUCAAGCAACUUAUUUUUCCUCAAUCCAUUAUCAACAAGAUUGAACAAAUUUGUUCGAGAUACUUCUGGAAAGGUUCUGACAUUCCAGUUGCAGGAGCAGGAAUAAACUGGGACAGAAUUUGCAAUCCAAAGUCUGAAGGUGGACUUGGUCUCAAGGACAUCAAGUCUUGGAACAAAGCAUGCAUGUUACUUCUCAUUAGGAGAUUACUUGCAGGGGAGUUCGCUAUGGGUUGCUUGGAUUCACAGCUAUUUAAUCAAGAAUCAUGA